UUUUGUAGUUGAGGUUACUGCAUAAGUACUGAUAUGCCCUCACACAGGCACUACUUUUCCGGUACCAACCUCAGACUGCAAAGAUCAGAACAGCAGAUAAUUACAUUCUCACAAGAAAGAGAGACAGAGAUAGACAGACAGACAGUAAGAGAGAGAGAGCAAACGAAAGAGAGGGAGAGAGGAUAUUAACGUGAACCUAAGCAAUAAUAUUAGAGACCUCAAGUUCCAUUUGAGUUUGACAGACUGCUAUUUUGAGUGAGAGACACCGUAACCAGGCAAUGGAUUGUGCAGCGAUGGAUUGUGCAACUCGGGGAGCAGAGAGACAGAGUGGACCCCCAGUGUUGCCUAUCAAACAGCGCAGGAGUCUCUACUCGCGAGGCUCUAGUAUGGGUUCCAGUGUGGACCUGGAGUUGGAUGGGAGUGUCUCUAGCCCAUUGGGGCCCCAUCAGCACCAGGGCUCUACCUGUACAGAUGUGUUCUCUGCAGCCACUGAUUGCCAUGCACUCCAGUGUCCCAUUCACCAGCGCUAUGACCCCUCUUACUGUCAUCAAGAGAGGUUUUUCUCAGAUAGCACCACCCCUCCACCAGUGCCCAAGAAGAGGCUGGCUCGAACCCUUUCCCUACCAGGGGUCUAUCUGUGUCCCCUUUCCCCACUACCCUGCAGUCACCAAAACUAUGACAACCCUCUCUACAUGCUGGUCCCCAACGCAGGCACUCAGCCCCAUGUAGAGAUAGACGAAGAAAGACCAGUCCAGAAGAGCCCUCUCAACUUGCAGCCGCUGUCUCAACUGGACUUCGAUACACCUGAUGAACAGCUUACCUACUUCUUCAGCAGUUUCUACAACCAAGGGGACAUUUCUCAAGGUAUUCAGCAUCGCCACCUACUGUUCCUGAGGUGUAUGGAACAGCGCAUGGAGGCUGGGGUUCUCCUGAUGAGAGAGUCUGGCGAAGGCCUUGUUGCAUUUCAGCCCCAAGAUUUCCUACUGUGUGAAAACUACCAGCCCAAGCAGAUAGCAGGUUCACUGUACUACAGCCUGCAUAGCCCAAAGUUUCCAGGGAGGAUAAUCGCAGCUAAGGUAAGCAGUGAAGUUGGCCCCUUGUCUCAACCUACCUCAGUGCCGCCCAAUGUCAACAUUCAGCAGGUCAUUGUAUCUUUCCCAUCAUGCCCAGCACUGGAGAAAGAACCUGGAACCAAAAACACAACCACUUCAGACUCCUCACAGUCUGAUCAGACAGGGACAGAAUCACCAGAUGAGAGCAGAAUUGAGGUAGACCAAAGUCAAGCGGAGUCUGAGGAGAGCAAUGGACCUACAGUUGCUUCACUAUUGCUCAAGGGAUAUGCAGUGACAAUUGAGAGAGACUUACCACAGGCUACUUUGGAAGACUUUGUACAAGAGGGAAGGUUCCUGCGGAGCUUUAAACCAUUAGUGUAUGAAAGGCAACUGAGUAUUCUGCUGCUACAGUUAGCCUUGGGGUUACAACACCUGUGCAGUAAUGCAGCCACCUGCGCUGAGCUGAAGGCUCAAGGCAUCUUGCUGGUAUGGCCAAGGGAGAGAGGGCAGGAAACAGAGGCAGACAAAGCAGAAGAAAGUGGAAGAAGUGAAGAAAUUGAGUUAUUGGAGAAUGAAAAGAUAAAAGGAGAGAUUCAGGAGCUAUGGAGAAAGUGGGGAACCCCUCGUGUGGCGUUGACCAAUCACACCAGUCACAGUGACCCCAGUCUCUUUCAGCCUGCUCAUGCACCUCCAUCCAUACAGUCUCAGUUCGGAGUGUUGCUAGAGUACUGCCUGUACCUCUCUGACAAUGCUCCCUCUCAACAUACACAGAGUUCAGAUGGCGCCAUCCAGAGCUCCCCAUAUCUACCAGGGCUUCUCCAACUAGCCUCCUGGCUUCAGGAUGAGGGUAGUGGGCUACAGAUAGCAGACGUAGUGGGGGUCCUGCAGGCUCUACUCUGGGGUCCACGUAUUGAGCUCUUCAGGGUAAAUGCCAACGUGCCUUCCACUCUGCACAACUGGCUGUCAGUCAAGCAGGCCCUUCUGAUGCUGAAGCUGGCAGAGAGAGGGCUGAUCCAGGACCUGCCCAGUCUGGACUGGGAGCACUGCCUGUGUCUACAGUACAUCUCCUUCACUGACUCUGAAACUGUGAUGAGGGCCACAGCUCGACUAGGACUCCACAACACAAUGGACAAGAAGUUGUGAUUACUCAUAUCUGUUUAUUGAAGUUAACACCGCUUGAAUUAAUGAUUCUCCAAUCAAGGGUUUCCCAAACUGGGUCCUGAGCCCCCCCCCCCCACCCUGGGUGCACAUUUUGUUUGUUACCCUAGAACUACACAGCUGAUUAAAAUAACUACUCAUCAAGCUUUGAUUAUUUGAAUCAGAUGUGUAGUGCUAGGGCACAAUACUAAAUGUGCACCCGGGUGGGGUCCCAGGACAGACUUAGGGAUACCCUGCUCUAAUGUAAAAUGUGGAUGAUAUUUAACAUUCAUGUUGUCAGAAUCUAUCUUGAACAUCUGGAAUGCAUUAAAGGUUUGCUUUUUUAUUAGACAUUUUUCCACAGUAUUGCUUUCCCAAGGAUAUUGAGCAAAUUACAUAUCAGCUCCAAAUCAAAUGUAUAUGCACUGUGUUCUAUAAUUAACAUUUCAUGGAUCCAAGGAGCCCCAUUAAAGAUUUUAAAAGAUCAACUUAAAGUGCAUUAUGUUAAAUUCAACACAGAGUUUAAACAGAUACUUCUACAACUCUGGUACGUGUGCCCACAAAAUACAACAUCUUGUAAAUCGUUACACAUAUUUCAAUGCCCUUUCCCCAAUUCCUACACACAUAACAAGUGGAUUUAUGCCUUAUGGUUAAGGUGAGCACUUUUAUUCGGGCACUUGUUA